AUGGAGAGACGUUUCCUCUUGUCAAUAACGUUGUUGCUGCUGCAGUACAGUUCUAUAGGCACAAUAGCUGCAGCACAAACCAAUAUCACCACGGACCAGUCUGCUCUUCUUGCUCUGAAAGCCCAUGUCACUAGUGACCCUCACAACAUCUUGGUCAAUUGGUCAACGACCACCUCUGUUUGCCAUUGGGCUGGCGUUGUUUGUGGUGCUCGUCACCUCAGAGUAGCAUCAUUGAAUCUCUCGUACAUGGAUCUCACAGGCACCAUUCCACCAUACUUAGGCAACCUCUCAUUUCUUGUUGAGAUGGACUUAAGAAACAACAGUUUUCAUGGCACCCUGCCCCAUGAAUUGUCUUAUUUGCGUCGCCUCAAGUUUAUUAGCUUCCGAUUGAACAAUUUUAUGGGAUCCAUUCCAUCGUGGUUUGGGUCCUUCCCCAAACUUCAAAUCUUCGGUUUGCGUGGCAAUCAGUUUUCAGGUUCCAUACCUGCGACUAUCUUCAACUUGUCUACAUUGCAAUGCAUAAAUCUAAGCUUUAACAAACUAUCAGGGGCGAUACCCAGAAAAAUAGGGAACUUAACAAUGUUGAGGAUGAUAUACCUCGACUCCAACAAUUUCAAUGAAAUUCCAAAAGAGAUUGGCUUUUUAGAUCAUGUGGAAGAGUUGUUUGUACAAAACAAUGCCCUAAAAGGCCCUGUUCCUAUGGUUGUUUUCAACAUGUCUUCUUUGACUACGUUGACUCUAUUUGGAAACAACUUGAGUGGUGGUCUUCCAGACAAUAUAUGCCAACAUCUUCCGAAUCUUCAAAUCUUGAAUUUGGGUCGCAACCAGUUUGAUGGUCCGCUUCCAUCCAAAUUAUGGCAAUGCAGAGAGCUUCUUAUACUUCGUUUGGGGGCAAACAAUUUCAGUGGCACUAUACCAAACAAGAUCGAUGAUCUUCCAAAUUUAGAGUUGUUGUCAUUCGAAGGUAACAAUCUCAAUGGCCUCAUCCCAUCCUCAAUCUUCAAUAUCUCCACGAUGAGGACACUGGGGCUUUCUUAUAAUCAGCUAUCAGGUAGCCUCCCAGCAAACAUAGGCCUUGGGCUUCCAAACCUACAACUCCUUGCUAUAGCAGCAAAUGACCUCAGUGGAGUAAUCCCCAACCUCUCCAAUGCUUCUACGCUCAUCGUGAUAGAUUUGGGCCGAAACUCACUUACAGGGUUUAUUCCGAGGACACUCUGUGCCUUAACAAACCUUCAGUUUCUUAACUUAGAAAUGAAUAAUUUGACGAUUGAUACUUCCACUCUUUCUUGUUUGGUUAAUCUUAGAAAUUUAACAUACCUAGUUUUGGCAAAUAAUCCGUUAAAUGCCAGAUUUGAUGAUUCCUUCCAGAAUUGCUCUACAUCGUCGCUUCAAUAUAUUAAAUUAUUCAAUUGCAACAUGAGGGGUAACAUUCCCAUUGGUAUUGGCAACUUGAGCAGCUUGAUACACUUGAGCCUAAGAGACAAUAAAUUGAGUGGAUCAAUUCCAACUUCUGUGAGGGCACUAAGGAAUCUCCAAGGUUUGUAUUUGGAUGGUAACAAGUUGCAAGGAUACAUCCCAAAUGAACUUUGUCAACUAGAUUACCUAGCUUACUUAUCUCUGGGUGGAAAUCAACUCUCUGGUUCUAUACCUUCCUGCUUGGGCAAUCUAGCCGGAUCUCUUAGAAAUCUAUCACUGGAGUCCAAUUCAUUGAGUUCCACAAUACCAUCUACUCUCUGGAGACUGGCCUAUAUCUUGUAUGUAAACUUAUCAUCCAAUUCUCUAAUUGGACCUCUCUCACAAGAUAUUGCAGAGUUGAAAGUUGUGGUAGGCGUAGAUUUAUCAGAUAACCAUUUAUCUGGUGUUAUACCAAGCACCAUUGGGGGUCUUUUGGAUUUGGAAAUUCUAUCCUUGGCACAUAAUAAUUUGGAUGGCCCUAUUCCAAGUUCAUUUCAGCACUUGAUCAGCCUGGAAUUCUUGGAUUUAUCCAGAAACAAUCUGUCUAGCGUGAUCCCAAGGUCUUUAGAAGCUCUCUUACAUCUCAACUACCUGGAUUUGUCCUUCAACAGGCUCCAAGGAGAAAUUCCAACAGGUGGACCCUUCCAAAACUUCUCCACUCAAUCAUUUGUCUCAAAUAGUGCACUUUGUGGUGCAGCUCGAUUUCAUGUUCCACCAUGCAAAAAUAGUACACUUGAACCAAAUUGGAAGAAAUAUAAAUAUAUCAUCGCAGGGAUCAUAUCAAUAGUUCUCCUAGUCACCUCUGUAUCUAUCUUUCUACUACGGAGGAAAAGGAGUGUAGAAGUUCCAAUAGAGGCUACCUUGUUCUCUGAACUUCAUUGCAGAAGAGUUUCACACCUUGAACUUCUAAGGGGGACAGAUGGAUUUAAUGAAAAUAACUUACUUGGAAGUGGGGGUUUUGGCUCAGUAUAUAAAGGGACACUUUUAGAUGGAAUAGAUGUAGCAAUAAAGGUUUUCAAUUUGCAGCUAGAAGGGGCUUUCAAGAGUUUUGAUAGGGAAUGUGAAAUGCUAAUUAAUAUACGUCAUCGAAAUCUUAUCAAAAUCACCAGCUAUUGCAGUGAAAUUGAUUUCAAGGCCUUGGUAUUGAACUACAUGCCUAAUGGGAGCCUCGAAAAGUGGUUAUAUUCUCAAAACUCUUCUCUGAAUAUCCUAGAGAGGAUGAAUAUAAUGGCAGAUGUUGCAGCAACAGUGGAAUACCUUCAUCAUGGUUAUUCAGUACCUAUUGUCCACUGUGAUUUGAAGCCCAGCAAUAUAAUACUAGAUGAUGAUAUGGUUGCACAUGUUGCUGAUUUUGGAAUUGCAAAACUCUUGGGUGGAGGAGAUUCUAUAACCCAAACCAUGACCCUAGCCACAGUUGGGUAUAUGGCUCCAGAGUAUGGAUUGGAAGGAAUGGUUUCAACAAGAGGGGAUGUGUACAGUUUCGGAAUUCUAGUGAUGGAAACAUUCACAAGAAGGAAGCCAACAUAUGAGAUGUUUGAUGGGGAAAUGAAUAUAAAGCAGUGGAUUGCAAACUCACUAGUAUUACCAGAUGCAAAGAUAGAUGAAGUUGUGGAUGCCAAUUUGCUUGGGAUUGGGACAGAGCAGGAAGAAGAUGAUCAUGUGAGGAAGAGGGAUUGCAUAUCAGCUAUUAUGAGAUUAGCUCUUACUUGCUGUGCAGAAUCAUCACAAGAGAGGGUAAGUAUGAAAGAAGCUGUAGCCACACUCAACAAAAUCAAGACAAAGUUUUUGAAGGACGCUGCUGGAGGAAGAGGUGUGCUGUUAAACCGUCCUCUUAUUCAGCAGGGCUUCAAUUAA